GAGCCGGGCGGGGGCGCGGUCUCUGCGCUGCUCCCCCCCGGGGCUCAGACGGCCACGUCCCGCCACCCCAGGGUGAAGACAGCGCCCCGGCUGUGUCCUCAGGGGCCCCAGAUAUGUCAGAGGUGAAGAACCGGAAGAAAUCGGGGCCCAAGGGCGGCCCCGCGGAGCCCGGGAAGCGGAGCGAGGGCGGGAAGAGCCCAGAGGCCCGGGGCGCUGGAGUCGGGCGCUGGGCCGACCCCCGCUCGGGCCUGAGCCUGCUGUCGCUGGGGACGUGCCUGGGCCUGGCCUGGUUUGUAUUUCAGCAGUCGGAAAAGUUUGCAAAGGUGGAAAGGCAGUACCAGUUGCUGAAAAUAGAAACCAAUGAGUUCCAAGGACUUCAAAGUAAAAUCAGUUUGAUUUCAGAAAAGCUUGAGUCCACUGAAAGUAUCCUGCAGGACGUUACAUCAUCCGUGUCCUUGGUGACCCAGUUUGAGCAGGAAGUAUCCAGCCUCCAAAGUAUCAUGCAUGGCAUUCAAGAUAGUGAAGAGAUGCUCACUCAAAAGAUGCAGAGCCUUCAAGAGAAAUUCCAGAAUGUUACAGGUUUCUGGAAGAGAAGCCUUGAAGAAAUGAAUGCUAAUACAGACGUUUUCAAAUCAGAAUCUAAACAUAUACAUUCUCAAGUUACUGUCCAAAUUAACUCAGCUGAGCAACGAAUAAAAUUGCUCACCGAAAGACUGAAAGAUUUGGAAGACAGCACACUAAGAAAUAUUAGAACAGUAAAAAGACAAGAGGAAGAGGAUCUCCUGCGAGUUGAGGAGCAGCUAGACUCUGACACAAAAACAGUUGAAAAGUUAGAAGAGGAGCAGCAUGCCCUCCUCGCCAGAGACGAAGACCUGACGAAUAAACUUUCCAGCUAUGAGCCCAAAGUUGAAGAAUGCAAGACACAUUUGCCAACAAUUGAAAGUGCUGUUCGCUCUGUUCUCAGAGUCUCUCAGGAUCUGAUUGGGACAGAAAAGAAAAUGGAAGAGUUGACCAUUCAGAUGUUUAAUAUGGAAGAGGAUAUGCUGAAAGCAGUGUCUGAAAUAAUGGAGAUGCAGAAAACCCUUGAAGGAAUUCAGUAUGAUAAUAGUAUAUUAAAGAUGCAAAAUGAACUGGAUGUUCUUAAAGGAAAAGUUCAUGACUUUAUAGUAUAUUCCAAUACAAGAGAAAAGGAAGCUAUAGAAGAAUAUAAUCUAGAAAAUAAAGAAAUCCAUGAUGAUUUUUGAAUUUACUACUUUUAUUUUGAUGAAUGACAUUAUCACACACACAUUCGAGGUAUUUUCAUAAACCUCAAUUUGUCCUGCAUUACUGCAAAGUCCACACAAAUGGAACUAAAUAAUACAGAUAAUCAAAAUUUAUAUCUUUAAAUACUAGAUAUUACUUCAUCGUAACCACUUUCGAUACAACUGUUUCUAAAAUACAUGUCUUUACUUUUUAAAAGCAAUGUGCUUAAUAUUUUUAACUAUUUUUCUAAUAUUAAUGGGUAUCAUUAUGAGUUUCUCCUCUGACAUUGUACCCAAAUAUAUUAGUGUCUCUAGGAGCUAUUGAGGAGUGUUGACCAUUUCACUAAAUGACCCCAGUUUGCUAUUUUCCCAAACUUAUGUGCACUUCUUGUAUCUUUGCUGUCAUCCAGGUUGGUGGUAAUGUGCCUGCCUCAGUUUACCAUAGGGUUAGAAUCCACAACCAAGUUCAUAAGAAUAUUGCCCAAAAUGAAAAGUAAUAUGCCUGAGGAAGAUCCUGGGGUGCUUUGCCAUAAAUACACACUUUUUGACAACUAUGGUGCCUAGGAAAUAUUUUUAUUUUUUGUUAAGGUUCUAAACUGUGUUCCAUGUAAGAAUGUUUAAAUAAGGGUGAAUAAUUCUUAUUGAAAGAUUUUUUCCUAUGAACUAAGUGUAUGUUUUCAAGUAUGAAAUUUUGGACUAUCUUUGUAUACUCUGGGCCUUUUUUUUUAAUGGUUCUCACGGUGUACAGACCUGAAUUUGUAAGAUACAUAAUCUCUAGAUAAGUUAUUCUACUUAGAAUAAAAUUACUCCAGUAAGCCCUGUGGCCUAUCUUAAAGAGGAAAAAGCAGCAUAAUGACAACUGAUGAUGAUGGUGAUUAUGGUUUUAAAACAUGUCCUUUUGGGCCUCCCCGGUGGCGCAGCGGUAGAGCGCUGGGUUGUGAAGCUGCCCGCGGCCUCUGCAGUGCCGGUUCGAUGCCCGGCUGCUCCCCGGCCACCGGAGGAGGGUCCCACAUGGCGCGCAGACCUCUCCUGCCGCCCGCUGCUCCCCCCAGCAGUGUACUUCGGUCCUUCUGCCUGCUCUGCCCCUCGCUCUGGCUCUGGUGAAUUCUCUCACCCUCCCGCGCUUCUGACUGUACCCAGUGCAUGUAUAAACAAAACAAACAAGCAAACAAAUAAAGAAAAACAUGCCUCUAUUAAAAAAAAUCUAAAAAAAAAAAAAAGGUGUGUUAUUUAAAAAAAAAAAAAAAAAAACAUGUCCUUUUAAAAAGUUAACAAAUUAACUUGCCAACCAAAUUUGUUUGACAUUUUGAUUUUAUUUUACUCAAAAUUAGAUUCAAUGUUAGAGUUACUAGUGAGAAGAUAUGAAUAUAGUAAGAUGAGAUUAGGGGAGAGACCUAGCCAAAUUUUUCCAAUGAGGACAAUCAGAAAUGUGCAAAGUUGGAAAAUAACUUAAGACUUUUAUUAGUAAACUGAUGUUAUCAAGUACGCCUAAGAUUGAUGUGGAAAAGUGAGUCAGCUGCACAUGGAAGUUCUUACUUGUUUGUUCUUAUGGAUAAGCCAAUUGUAGUCCCAGUUAUAUAAUGCAAUUUCAGUGCCAUUAAGGCAGUAAGAUACAAAGGAUAGUUGUGGCAAGGUUGUUUUACUAUGUAAGUUUGCAGAUUUUGGGGGAAACCCCAAAUAAACUCUACUUUGGGCUUACGAGGACCAAUUAUAGAAAGUCAUGGGUCAAAAUGAACUGGAGGGUGCUGCUCUCACCAGCUGUAGCUGUCAUUUCCAUGUGCACUGACAAUAUUUUAUCUGUUUGCUUCCAUUUUCACACUAAUAAACUAUAUUAUUAAAUUAACUUGAACUUUGUUGUCUCUACGUCCAUCUUGUCAGGGCAGAUGUGAUUUCUUGUCCUCUGAUCCUUCAUUAACUUAUAAAUAUCACAGUCAUGGUGGUUACAGAAAAUGUAUGGAAACAAAUGGGCCACUAUAUUGUAUUGUGACGGUUGGAAGGGAAACACUUUACAUUCUGCAGGGUCAUCUUAAUAGUGCCAGCUAUUUUUUACCUACUAUGUCUCAGUCAUAUUGCUAGUCACUUGGCUUGCAUUAUCACUGAUUCUCACUACAGCUCUGCCAAUUUACAAAUGAGGAGGUUGAGGUUCUACAAGAUUGGGAAUCUUAUCAUCAGGCUGCUAGAUCUGUCCAACCAGAGGCCACUACCUCCCACUAUACAACUGCAACCUGCUACUACUACUCAACCAGGGGAGGAAAAAGAAAUCUGCUGUUAGCAGAACUAUCUGAGAAUUCAAAAGGCUGAGAUUCAAUCAAAUAUAUCCACCUCCAUGUCACCAUUAAACCAGACUGUAAAUCACUCAAAAGCUGUAAUUGUGAUCUAAAGCAGUUUGUGCCACAGGCAUAGAAGGAAUCUGUAAAUGCUUAAGGAGAAUGGGAAAACAGUUGGAGAAAGCCCUACACUGGAAUUUUCUAAUCUAGGCUUUGCCACCAACUAUGUUCUUGGACAUUUUAAUUGUUUAAUUUUUAAAGGGAGGGAAUUACACCAAAUAAUCUCUUAAGAUUUCUUCUAUCUUUAAGAGGAUUAAAAUUGUAGAGACCCAUAAGAUAUUUCCAGGUCCUUUGCACUGUUCAAAGAUUCUUUAGCAAAGUUUUUGAAAGCCAGUUGAAACCAGAGAUCAUUCCCUUGAACCAUUGUGGCUCUGCUUAUAGACCCAGACAAUUUUUUUAUUACCAAAAAGGAUCUAGCUUAGUACCUUACAUAAAUAAGAACUUCCCUGAUCUUUGGAGCCAUUAGUAGUUUCCAUCUCUUGUGUCCAUCUUAGGCAAAUACCUUAAAUAAGUCUUGAUUUAAAAAAAAUACUUCAGUAAAA